ACUUCCACAAUGGAUGAGACCUCAGACGAGCCUCCCACUUCUGCCGUCCUCUUAGACAACUGCCACUUCUCCCAGGUCGUCUUUAACAAUGUGGAGAAGUUUUAUGUCCCCGGAGGAGACAUAACCUGUUAUUACACCCUCACACAGAACAUCGUUCCUCGCGGGAAGGACUGGGUGGGCAUCUUCCGCGUGGGAUGGAAAACAACGCGGGAAUAUUACACGUUCAUGUGGGCUCCUCUGCCCGGUGACGUGCGCAGGGAUAACGCCGGGCAGCAACAGAUCCAGUUCAAAGCUUACUACCUGCCGAAAGAUGAUGAAUACUACCAGUUCUGCUACGUCGACCAGGAUGGCGUGGUCCGGGGAGCCAGCGUGCCUUUCCAGUUCAGAGCAGAGACUGAGGAUGAUAUCCUGGUGGUCACCACACAGGGAGAAGUGGAAGAGAUUGAACUACAAAACAGAAAUCUGCGUAAAGAAAACGAGGAGCUGAAAGCGAGCUGUGCAAGCCUCCAGCAACAAAACAUCGAUCUGCAGGAAGAGCUCACCAAGGCACAGGAGCUGCAGAAUAGUUUAGAGUCUCUAAGGAGCAACACAGAGAAACUGGAGCUGGAGCUGAAUUCCCUAAAGAAGGAAAAUAAACAUCUGAAGGAGCUGGAUGACUGCAGAGAGGCAGAACUGCACCGGCUCAAGGAGCAAAUUCAGAAUGUGACCUCUGACAAGGAACACCUGGAAGCCAGACUGAAAACAGCCCUGGAUCACAUGGACCAGCUGCAGUCUCAGGUGUUGAAUUAUAGGAGAGAAGUGGAAAGCCUCUCUCGUAUGGACCUCGACAAGACAGAGCAGCUUGAAAGGUUAAAGGAAGAGAAUCACCAGUUACGCGUGGCUGGAACUCAACAGCAACAAAACUGCGACUUAAUGAAAGAACUCGAGGAGCAGAAGCGUUUGUUUCAGAUUCUGCAGGCAGAAAAGAAUGACGUUGAUGAGGAAAAUCAGAAACUAAGGGAGGAGAACGAUGGACUCCUGCGGCGUCUCUCGCAGACUAGAGAGGCUUCUUCCUUCUCCGUUGUUCCACAAGCUCGAGCUCCAGUUGUGGCUCCUGAAGUAGGAGGCCUUCUGUUUGGAAAUCCGUACUGCGUUGCAGGAGCAAACCUGGGGGCAGGAGCUGCAGACGUAGCUUCUUUAAGGAAAUGCCCCAUGUGCGAUGACGUAUUCCCUGAAGACAGUGAAAUGAGUCAGUAUGAGGCGCACGUGCAGAGCCAUCUUCUGGAAUGCCCGCUCUGCAGCGAGACCUUUGACAAGUCCAACAAGCAGGUGUUUGAUGACCAUAUGUUUUGUCACGACCUGGAAUAAUUCUGAAUUCGUGUCUGCUCUGUAGAAUAGGUGGCAGAGGCCGCAGUAUAGAAUAGACAAAAAUCACUGCACUGGCUUGGUUUGUGCUACUAAGAUCACCCAGACAAGACUGACCAUGCCACUAGGACUGUAAUUCUGAGCCUGCUGUUCCAUGCAGCACACGACCAGCACAGAAAUCAGGGCAGACAUCCGUGUCCUGAAGCUGAACCACCGUCAGCAAACUUGAGUCCUCUGUCUUGCAUCAAGUACAUACGCUUGUUAGAGUUACGAAUCCUAUCAUUAGUAAUUUAGUUGGCAUGUGGUACCAGUUCUUUAGAACAGGAUUGGCUGUGUAACUGUUCAUCCAGGUAGGGAUCCAAGCGAUGCGAUGCAGUACAGCAGUUUCCUAUACUGGGCUGAUCUCUAUUAUAAUGGGUUUAUUCUUUAAUAUGGUACUGUCAUUGCUAACCAAAGACCAGAAACAUUUUAUAAUCUUUUAGGAUCGCACUAUCACUCCUGCUCAGCUUCUGGAAUGCAGAAUUAAUUAUUAAGUAAAAAAGUCUAAAUAAAAAUGCAUCUCGUCUCUCACCAUCGGUGGUAAAGCAAGCAAGACAUGCUUAGAAAGAGACCAGGUAUCUGUUUGCAGAUCUGAAGGUCUAGGGCCGUCCUUCCAGCAAAGCAGGCAGCGCGGCUUGUUCUAGGGUGAGGCACGGGCGCCGUUUUCUCCAUCCAUCUCAUGAUGAGGAAAACCUGAAAUUUCAGACACGGGGACGGUCAGGAUGGUGUGGAGCCCGUAGAAGAGCAGUAGCUGAGUUGUCUUGGCAGCACAGAGGAUCAGUGGUCUCUCAGUCAGGAACCAGGCAUCCUCAUUUAAAGGAAACGAUGCAUUUGGAUUAUUUCUCUUCUUUGUUUCUGAACCUUCUUGAGUUAACAAGAGCAGCCUGUUCUCCAACCAAAAACAUUGUGAUUCAAAACUAAGUGCCUUGGGAUGUUAAAAUGCUUUGUGCACAGAUUAUCCAGUUACUAUUUUUAUUUCUGCUUCAGGAUUUUCAACUUAAGAUUAACAGCUCUCUCGUUCUGU